AGAAGGGGCCUGACUGGUUAAGUGGUGUUUGGUGUGCACAUAGGUGUUCUUUGUGAAAAUCUGUUACUGUCAUUAUUAAACCACAUUCCUAACAUGCUGAUAGAGCAGCAUAUAUUCAAACAUAUGGGAUAAAUGUUUUGAAUAACACUCUAAACAAUUUUCAUCACCACCCUGCUCUACUCCCCAUUUUCCCCAAACUGUUGCAAUAGUAUCUGAUACAGGACCACAGCCCAGCUGACGUUUGCGUGAGAGCAGGAGGAGGCGCCUGUGGUUCUUCAGUAUCCAGCAUCAUUGUGAGAAAAGUUCCAGCAAGUCUCAUCCUCCAAUUCCCGUGAUAUCGAAGACACUCCAUUCUCACCAUGUCGGAGCAGUAUGAGCGGAUUAAACGAGUUUUGCAGAUGCCUGGCCUUCCUGUGAAACUAAACUUUGAAUUGUGAGCGCUUUUUAUUUAUUUUUUUAUGGAGACGCACAUCCUAUGGAUCUUCGUGUCGAAUAAGUUGCACCCAUAAGACAGAAGACAACUUUCUCCAGAACGCGCAAACUGCGGACUGCUGCGGUGCGUUAAUGCGACUUUUCCCCUGCAGCCAAGUUGGAAUAAACAGUUAUAUCAAUUCGUUUUGUUAUUAGGGUUUAGGUAGGCGCUUUAUGGAUGUUUAAUGAGUUCAACACCUGAAAAUCUCGCUUGAUUUUUACCAACUGUGGUGCUACAGCUGAUGCUGAAGCACUCUCCAAACCACAGAGAAAACUGGUGAAACUUGCUGCCCAAGUCAUCGUAUUGAAGUCAUGUCCGACACGGAAACGACCAACAGGUCCUAUCAUAACCCCUCCAUCCUCCACGCGGACUUCAGCCCGCUAAGUGACUUCAUGUUGGAGAAUGAAACCAACUCAACCAUGGGAGAGCGAAACUCGUUUGGAUGCGUCCAGGUCCACGUCCCCCAGGAGCUCUUCCUGGCGCUGGGGCUCAUCAGUCUGGUGGAGAACAUCCUGGUGGUUCUGGCAAUCUACAAGAACCGCAACCUGCACUCGCCCAUGUACUACUUCAUCUGCUGCCUGGCGGUGUCCGACAUGCUGGUCAGCGUCAGCAACGUAAUGGAGACCAUAUUCUUGCUUCUAAACGACAAUGGCUUGAUGGGCAUGCACCCUGGUAUGCUGCGCCACCUGGACAAUGUCAUCGACGUGAUGAUCUGCAGCUCCGUGGUGUCCUCGCUCUCCUUCCUGUGCACCAUCGCCGCGGAUCGCUACAUCACCAUCUUUUACGCGCUGCGCUACCACAGCAUCAUGACCACGCAGCGCGCCGUCAACAUCAUCGCCGUGGUGUGGCUGGCCAGCAUCACCUCCAGCAUCCUCUUCAUCGUUUACCACACCGACAACGCCGUCAUUGUGUGUCUCGUUACCUUCUUCUGCACCACUCUGGUGUUUAACGCCGUGCUGUACCUGCACAUGUUCCUCCUGGCUCACCUGCACUCGCGGCGCAUCGUGGCUUUCCACAAAAGCAGACGUCAAUCCACGAGCAUGAAAGGAGCGAUUACCCUCACCAUACUGCUUGGGGUCUUCAUUAUAUGCUGGGGCCCCUUCUUCCUUCACCUCAUCCUCAUCCUCACCUGCCCCACCAGUCCUUUCUGCAACUGUUUCUUCAGAAACUUUAACCUUUUCCUCAUCCUUAUCAUCUGCAACUCACUCAUCGACCCGCUCAUCUACGCCUACCGGAGCCAGGAGCUGCGUAAAACCCUGCAGGAGCUCGUGCUGUGUUCAUUUUGCUUCGGCGUGUGA